AUGGCGAAUAACGGAGACUCUUCAGACCGCAUGGCGAUUCUCUUCGAGUCCGUGGCGACCCUUCUGGUGGAGUUCAAGGCGCUGAAGGACCUCCUCCAUCGGAACUCAACGUGGACGCUCUGGCCAGAGGCAUCAAUCAGUUCUUUUACCAGCCCGAGAACGACCUCACAUUCGACACGUGACGAUGCUGCGAAAGUGAGGCUGCUGUUGAGACGUCUCGACGCCUCUGCCUAUGAUCGCUAUGCCAACAAUAUUCUGCCACACGAGCCCGCCGCACUCACGUUCGAAGACACCGUCGCGCGCCUCACGAAGCUCUUCAGCAAAGGAGAAUCUUUGUUCUGCACGCGCCGAAAGUGCUUGCAACUGACUAUCAGGGAAUCAGAUGACAUCGCGACUCACUGUGGCGUCGUGAAUCGCCACUGUGAGGCCUUUAAGUUGGGAGAAUGCACCGCAGAUCACUUCAAGGCCCUCAUCUUUGUCAACAGCCUGCAAGGAGAGAAGUACGUGCUUGUCCGGGAGCAGCUAUUGACCAAGCUCGAAACUGAGGACGCCAAGAAGAUCACUCUGGACUUCAUGGUUGAAGAAGCGCGCCGCCUUCUCAAUGUUAAGAGUGAUUCGCGUCUCGAUGCCCCAUCCGUGAGUGUCAGUGCGAUCCGGAAGAAAGAGUUUGCGCCCAAGAAAGACCGCCCUCCGCGGCCGUGUUAUCUGUGCGGCGCAAUGCACUAUGUGAAGGAGUGCCCCCACGUGACCACCAAGUGCACGGAUUGCCACAAAGUGGGUCACAAGACCGGCUACUGCCCGCCCUCUUCGAAUCAGGACGCUGAUAAGAAAAAGUCUGGCAAGAAAUCCUUCUCCGGCAAGAAGAAGAAGAAGUCGUCCAAUCAGGCCAGCGCGAAUGCUGUAUUUUCUGCCCGACGACAUGGUAGAAAAUAUCUCGCGCCAACAGUUAAUGGACACACUGUGGAGUUUCAACUCGACUGUGCCGCCGACUUGUCCAUUAUCUCAGCUGACACCUGGAAGAUGAUCGGUCAGCCAACACUUUCUCCUGUGUCCAUCCGCGUCAAGGAUGCCCAGUCACAACCCAUCGCUAUUCUGGGAGAGUUCGACAGCUCUGUGAGACUUGAUGACAGAGAGAUCCGUGGACGCUGCUUAGUAUCCGAGAAGACAUCAGGAAAUCUAUUCGGAAUCGAGUGGAUUGAGGCGCUAGGAUUGUGGGAUCUCGCUCCCAGUGCUUAUUGUAGUUCAGUGCACAAGGACGUCGACACUGAGACUGCAAUAAAGGAGCUUCAGGCCACCUUCCCCACAGUAUUCAACACUCAAAUGGGCCAGUGCACGCAGGCCACUGGAACCAUCCAUCUCAAGCCGAAUGUCAGCCCAGUUUUUCGCCCUAAACGCCCUGUCGUGUUUCACAUCAUGGCUACAAUCGACGAGGAGCUUCAGCGACUGCAAGCUUCAGGAAUAAUCACCCCCGUCGAGUACUCGCCAUGGGCUGCGCCCAUUGUUGUCGUCAAGAAGCCCAACGGUCGCAUCAGGAUCUGUGGAGACUAUUCUACCGGCCUCAAUCAAGCUGUGGAGACGAACGACUAUCCAAUUCCCGAUCCGGAUAGCCUCUUCAGCCAAUUCGCGGGUAAGAGAGUCUUUAGUCAUAUCGAUCUUUCCGAUGCGUAUCUUCAGGUCCCAAUGAAUGAGGAAUCCAGUCAAUUGCUGACCAUCCACACGCAUUGGGGACUCUUCCGCUUCAAUAGACUGCCGCCUGGCAUCCGGAGCGCACCCGGAAUAUUCCAAGGAAUCGUGGAGCGCAUGCUGCAUAGCCUUCCCGGAGUAUUUGUCUAUUUUGGCGACAUCUGUGUGGCCAGCGACGACCCAGCACAGCAUCUGGAGACUCUCAAGGAGGUUUUCAAACGCCUGGAACACUUCAAUUUCCGUGUGAAGUUGGAGAAAUGCCGUUUUUUCGUCUCGAGCAUCGAAUUCCUCGGAAUUGUGGUGGACGAAAAAGGUCAGCACCCGGAUCCCGGCAAAACUAAUGCUAUUUGCGCAAUGCCCGCUCCAUCCAAUGUGAGUGAACUUCGCAGCUUCCUCGGGGCCGUGCAAUUCUGGGGCCGUUUUAUCAAGGGCGCGAGCAAAAUCCGUGCGCCAAUGGAUCGUUUGCUCAAGAAAGGUGUUCCGUGGAAAUGGUCAACUAAAUGCAGGGCCGCAUUUAGGAGGUUCAAGACGAUCCUGAAGUCUGAACUUCUCCUGACUCAUUACGACCCACGGCUGCCCAUUUACAUCGCGUCUGAUGCCUCUUCAUAUGCGAUCGGAGCGGUUGCAUAUCACGAAAUGCCCGAUGGUUCACUGAAGGCGUUUUACCACGUCUCCAGGCGACUCACCGAUGCUGAACAGCGCUACAGUCAGAUCGAGAAGGAAGCGCUGGGCAUCGUGUUCGCUCUCAAGAAGUAUCACCGCUUCGUGUAUGGUCGAAGAUUCAAUCUCGUCACCGACCACAAACCGCUCGUCUCGAUAUUCGGAAGCAGCAAAGGAAUCCCAGUGCACACUGCCAACCGUCUUCAAAGAUGGGCAUUGGUGCUGCUUUGCUACGACUUCGAGAUCAAAUUCACGUCGACCGACAGCUUUGGACACGCAGACGUGCUGUCCCGGCUAACCAGUGCGCGCCAGCAGCCACAGGAUGAAGUCGUCAUUGCUGAAAUUCAACUGGAUGAAGAUGAGGACAGAGCCAUCGUCGAGGAAGCCUCCUCGAAGCUUCCGGUGAAUUUCAACAUGAUACAACGAGCGACUCAGGCCUCGGAGAGUUUGCAAGAAAUUGCGAAUUACAUCAAGACUGGCUGGCCGGCUGCACUGAAAUUCAUCCACUCCAGGGAAGUAGCAAAAUAUUAUAAGCUCAGAAAUUCGCUUUCGCUUAUCCAUGACUGUGUCUUUUACAGGGAGAGGAUCGUAGUUCCGGAGCAAUUCCGCAAAAAGAUACUGGCCCAGCUUCACCAUGCUCAUCCUGGCAUGUCCAGAAUGAAAUCAAUCGCCCGAGGAUACGUCUUCUGGCCGGACAUUGAUUCGGACAUCGAGCAUAAAGUCGGAACUUGCACGGACUGCGCCCUCACUGCAAAGAACCCUGUAAAAGCAUAUCUAUCGUCAUGGCCACUUGCUACUCGGAGUUGGGAAAGGAUACACAUCGACUACGCCAAAUACAAAGGAGAAAACUUCCUGCUCAUCAUCGACGCCUACUCUAAAUGGCCAGAGGUAUUCCGCACGUCUUCGACCACCUCAUCGCAGACAAUAGCGAAGUUGACGGAAACUUUCGCCCGGAAUGGACUGCCCGAGAUCCUCGUCAGCGACAACGGCACUCAGUUUGUCAGCAGCGAGUUUAAGGAGUUUUGCCAGAUGAACGGAAUCCAGCACCUUACAACCAAUCCUUACUGCCCAUACAGUAACGGACAGGCUGAGCGUCUCGUGGAUUCACUCAAGAGGUCACUGGACAAGCAAGGAAGCGCGAUUUCAUUGGACAAUGGUCUUCAGCGAUUCUUGGCGAACUAUCGCACCAUUCCAAAUGAGAAUUCACCUGAUGGCAAGUCACCUGAAGAAGUGUUCCUUGGAAGGCAAGUGCGUACGAUCUUUGACCUGCUCAAAUUUCGUCCUCCUUCCACUCCUCGGCGCAAUAAGAAGAUGGAAGACCGGUACAACAAGAAGCACGGCACGAAAGCGCGCUCAUUCCAAAGGGGGGAGGAAGUCUACGCGCAGAAAUUCUCACCUGGAGGAAAGUUUUCUUGGCAAUCCGGGAAAAUCAUUGAACGCCGUGGGACUGUGAGCUAUAAUGUGCGUCUCUCAAACGGAAUCAUCAUUCGCUCGCACAUUAAUCAGCUUCGCCGACGUCUCGUGGAGCCUGAGCCCAUCUUAGACUCACUGCCGAUUUUCACCACACCAUCCGUGCCAAGUCUUCCACCGUCUUCCCCUAUUCGACCGAGUGAGACAUCGAAUAUCACAUCACCAGUGAUAUCACCGAGAAGAAGCCCUUCUCAACCAACACCAAGGCAAACGACACCUGUCGUUUCAACCCAGGAUUCAGAGGCAAUGGACACAUCGGAGCCCACGUUCUUCGGAUUUGAGGACUCACCACAAGCUGAAUUAGAGCCCAUAACAUCUGAAAAUCAAUGCACGCCUGACGCACCAAUUUCAACGCCUCAGAAUCAACGCCUUCGUCGUGCACGUCCGCCGCCUGGCUAUUACAAGGAGCGAAGCCAAGGACGUCGCCUUCUUCCUUAG